CCUAAACUCCAUCUUGAAAUAUAUUCAACAGUGACUUUGAUCAACCAAUUCCUGACUCUCCAAAGGAAAACAAUGGAAUUUUCAUAAUUUUUGUUUUGCACGGUUUUCCCUUAGGUAUGUGGGGAAGAGCCCAUGGAAGCACAGAAUAUCACAAGGGUGUCAGAGUUUAUCCUCUUAGGAUUCUCACAGACCCGGGACCUUGAGAAAUUCCUGUUCCUGGUGUUCCUAUUUGUCUAUGUCACCACCGUUGUGGGAAACCUCCUUAUCAUGGUCACAGUGACUUUUGACUGCCGGCUCCACAUGCCCAUGUAUUUUCUGCUCCGAAACCUGGCUGUCAUAGACCUCUGUUAUUCCACUGUCACUUCUCCAAAGAUGCUGGUGGACUUCCUUCAUGAGGUCAAGACCAUCUCCUACCAGGGCUGCAUGACUCAGAUCUUCUUCUUUCACCUCUUGGGAGGUGGGACUGUCUUCUUUCUCUCAGUGAUGGCUUAUGACCGCUACAUAGCCAUCUCCCGGCCCCUCCACUAUGUCACCAUCAUGAACACUCAGCUCUGUGUGGGGCUAGUGGUGGCUGCUUGGUUAGGGGGAUUUGUUCACUCCAUUGUCCAGCUGGCUUUGAUGCUCCCCUUGCCUUUUUGUGGUCCCAAUGUUCUGGAUAACUUCUACUGUGACAUCCCACAAGUGCUGAGACUUGCCUGCACUGACACCUCCCUCCUGGAGUUCCUCAUGAUCUCCAACAGUGGAAUGCUGGUCCUCGUCUGGUUCCUUCUCCUUCUGAUUUCUUACACAGUCAUCCUGGUGAUGUUGAGGUCCCAUUCAGAGCAGGAGAGGAAGAAGGCAGCUUCUACCUGCACCACCCACAUCAUUGUGGUGUCUAUGAUCUUCAUUCCCUGUAUCUAUAUCUAUGCCCGGCCCUUCACCCCCUUCCCCAUGGACAAGGCUGUGUCCAUCAGCUACACGGUCAUGACCCCCAUGCUCAAUCCCAUGAUCUAUACUCUGAGGAACCAGGAGAUGCAGGCAGCCAUGAAGAGAUUAGGCAAGCGUCUAGUGAUAUGUAACAGGGAGUGAACUUAAAAUAUCUUGACUCAGGGGUGUCUGGGUGGCUCAGUUGGUUGAGUGUCCAACUCUCAGUUUUGGCUCAGGUCAUGAUCCCAGGGUCGUGGGCCUCUGCCCCUCCCCCCUCAAAUAAAAAAAUUAAAAAAUUUAAAUAUCUUCACUUUAAAAUGACAAGUCUUCCCUCUGAACUUCUGUUUUCCCAUGUGAAAAGUGGAGGAAAGUCUUUAUAGAGUAUGACAUUUGAGAUGAAAUCAAUAUUUCUAUGGACCCACACCUGUGUCAGGUUACUGUAUUGGGCACUUUCUCGCUUCUAUCUCAUUCUCAUAAAACUGAUAGUGGAUAUGUUAUUAUUAUUGUUGUUGUUGUUGUUGUAUUAAAUGCUUUAACAAAUGAGAGAACUCAGAGAGAAGUGACUUGCUCAACGAUGAAUAGCGAGUGGCAGAGCCUGGCCGGGACUUGGUUCCUCUGACUCCAAGUUUAGAGGUAGGGCUAUGGGUGGGAUUUGAAACUCAGGAUCUCCUACAAACACAAGGGAAAACCUAAAGAGUUCCUCGGCUAUGGAUGAAUAUCUGUGAUAAAUGGUGAAAAUUUUCAUCUUAACCCUGGAACAAUAACACUCUUUUCGGUUCCCUGCUUUUAAUCUUCUUUCUUUAUCUUUGGAGUUCUGUAACUUUACUCAGCUAUGUCUUUGCAUUCAUUGAUGGUUGUCAA